AUGAGUAGGGAGGGAAGAGGGGGGGAAGUAGGGAGAAGCUGACACACGAGACGAGACGGACACAAGACAGGAGACCUGGGAGCGAGGGGACACAGGAGGGACUGAGAGAGACUGCAGAGGUGUGGUGAGGAGGGCCUGGGAAAGCAGGGAUGCGGAGAAGGGGCUAGAGGGCUGUGGGGGGGGGGGGGGGACAAGGGAGGCACAGAGACAGGCAGAGAGCAAGAGACAGAGACAGAGAAGGAAAGAACUAGGAGGCAGAGAGGGAAGGACGAGGCAGAGAGGCAGACAGAGGGACGGAAACAGACAGGAAGACAGAAGGGAGAGAAAUAUCAGACAGACAGACGCACACGCGCAAGGAGAACUGCCGAGUGACGGAGAAAUCCCCAGGUGCCGGGAGGACACGGUGGCGCGGGACGUCUGAGCUGGCCGCAGACCCGGCUCGCCCUCAUCCCCCAGCCCCCACCUCCCACCCCUGGGACCCCUCCAGUCCAAGCCGGCAGACGGAGGCCGGGAUGGCGGAUUCGUGCCGGAACCUCACCUACGUGCGGGACUCCGUGGGCCCGGCCACCAGCACCCUGAUGUUCGUGGCAGGCGUGGUGGGCAACGGGCUGGCGCUGGGCAUCCUGGGGACGCGGCGGCGGUCGCGGCCCUCGGCCUUCGCCGUGCUGGUCACGGGGCUGGCGGUCACUGACCUGCUGGGCACGUGCUUCCUGAGCCCGGCCGUGUUCGUGGCCUACGCGCGCAACAGCUCGCUGCUGGGCCUGGCCCGGGGCCGCCCGGCGCUCUGCGAUGCCUUCGCCUUCGCCAUGACUUUCUUCGGCCUGGCCUCCACGCUGCUGCUCUGCGCCAUGGCCGUGGAGCGCUGCCUGGCGCUCAGCCACCCCUACCUCUACGCGCAGCUGGACGCGCCGCGCUGCGCCCGCCUGGCGCUCCCGGCCAUCUACGCCUUCUGCACCCUCUUCUGCGCGCUGCCCCUGCUGGGCCUGGGCCAGCACCAGCAGUACUGCCCGGGCAGCUGGUGCUUCAUCCGCAUGCGCUCCGCCGAGCCGGGCGGCUGCGCCUUCUCGCUGGCCUACGCCAGCCUGGUGGCCCUGCUGGUGGCUGCCAUCGUCCUCUGCAACGGCUCCGUCACCCUCAGCCUCUGCCGCAUGUACCGCCAGCAGAGGCGCCACCAGGGCUCGCUGGUCCCCGGGCCCCGGGGGGGCGAGGACGAGGUGGACCACCUGAUUCUGCUGGCGCUCAUGACGGGCAUCAUGACCGUGUGCUCCCUGCCUCUCACGAUCCGCGGCUUCACCCAGGCCAUCGCCCCAGACAGCAGUGAGAUGGGGGACCUCCUCGCCUUCCGUUUCAACGCCUUCAACCCCAUCCUGGACCCCUGGGUCUUCAUCCUUUUCCGCAAGGCCAUCUUUCAGCGCCUCAGGCUCUGGUUCUGCUGUCUGUGCCCCAGGCCUGCCCACGGCGACUCGCAGAUGCCCCUCUCCCGGCCGGCCUCAGGGAGGAAGGACUCAAGGGCCCCCCCUGCUCUCGGAGAGAAGGAGGGGAGCUGGGUGCCGCUGUCAGUCUGGGGCGAGGGUCAGGGGGCGCCCUUGCCUCCUGCACAGGGAUCUGACAGCACCGUGGGAACGCGGUCCAAAGUGGGGACCGCGGCUGCCUGCUCCGUCUGCUGACAUCUGCCCCCGAUCUCCGGCCCUGUCUUCCGGGAGCCUGAGCCGGAUCAUUAGGGGCACGGCCGAGGCUGUGGGCGGGCCAGCGAGAGAUGAAUCUUCUGCCCUCGCCUGCCAGAACCCUGACCCCCUGAAUACAGGGGGCGACUCGCUGCUAUUUCUCUUCCUUCUGGGUGGCCGUCGGAGGCUCUGGGAGGAGAAGGAGGGAGAGAGGAAAGGUUUAUCCUGGAGCACAGACAGAACAGUUCUCUCAAAAUAGCCAGUGGGCCGGCCGGCCUGGUCUGGCCCUGGCUGCCCAUCCAUCUCACUGCCUAAAUAUUUGGAAGGCGGAAAAGUUCCCAGCGGCUUCUGUGCACUCAGGUCUGCUCCGGUUAAGGUUCCGGCUCCGAUGCUCAUGCAUUCAGGGUGCCCCGGCUGCCCAUCCCAAAUCCCCAGGGGCCCUGCCCUCUCCCGGGCCACUCCAAGAGCCACUGUCUCUUGACCUCAUAGGAGCCAGGGAUCCUUGGAGAAGCUCCCUGCUUCCCCUUGCUUCUGACUCUCCAUCAGACCUGGGAGCCCUGGCCCCCCCAGGGGAGGUGGGAGGAUGCGGAGACUCCUGCGCUGUGGGUGACACCGCUGGACACGUGUCGGCGAAACUGCACGGCUUGGUGGGUUGCAGGAUGAGGCCUGUGGGCACAAGGGUGCUGGGGCAGAUGGAUAAGGUGGAGGGCCAAGGGCUGGGAGGUAUGGAUUCUGGGGACCAUGAAGAGCACAGCGGUAAGUCCUGUGUCUGUGCCUGAAUCCAUAGCUGCCCCCUUCUAGAGCCUGACCUCACCUCUGGAGUCCUUGGAGCCCUUACAGAAAUUUCAUUCAUUCAACAAAUGGGGGCGGGGGGGGCUGACUCUGCCUGGUGUUGCAGACACAGACCAGUCUCUGCCCAGCCCUGGACUCUGCUGGGUGAUUUCCAGCCUUCCGCCGCUCCUCCCUUCUUGUUCUCAUCCCCGGCUGCUCAGGAGUGAGCAGAGCAGCAGGAAGGGAAGUGGGGUGAAAAGCUCCCCCCACCCCGGCCAGCCCCAGUUCUCCAGAAUCAAGGGUGUUCGGGAAUGAGCCAACUGGCAUGAAGGGAAGUGUUGCUCAGGGGGGUGGCAGAGUGACUAGGAAAGCCGCCUCUUGUCCCCUGCCAGCCCCAGUUCCCCUUUCUCACAUGCUCCUGGGUUGAAACAAUAAAUCCCCACCAGGGUGUUGGGGGGUAGGCGAGGUGCGGGCCUCCCGUAAAGACAGUCGUGGCGAACUUCAGCGAGGUGCACCCUCGCACUCCAGCCUACUGUUAUGAGAGCCUUUCUGGGAGGCUGGUGUCCAGGUUCAGAGAGGGCAAUCACCGGCCCCAGACCACGCAGCCAGAGAAAGCACAGUCUCAGGGUGGAGCUGAUCCACCUGUCCUUAGAGCCCAGCUCACUUGUCCGGCUGGUGACUUCGCCUCCCUGGCCCUCAGCGUCCUUUGACAUAGAACGGCCAUCAGAAUCUAGUAUUUAGUUUACGGGGCUGUACUGCGGAUUAUAGGAUUCGCUCUGAAAAGCAGUUUAGCACAGGGCUUGGAAUAAAGCCCCCAAUAAAUGCUACUGUUAUUGA